CUCUGCCCGAGACGCAUUAUCCCUGUUGCAUCUCGACACUCUUCUUGUUCGCUCGUUCGUGCUCCUCCUGUCCUGCAUCACGCCCACCUCUGUGUUCUCUCUUCUCCGCCAAAAGGAAAAGCACAACACCACCCCCACGUUCCAAGCUAAGCACACACACGCACACCCACCCACCUGGUACUCCCCACGUUGGCGUUGCGUUUGUGUUUCUGUUCUUGCCGGGGAGGGACAAAAAACACCUCUUUUCUUGAGGUAUCGAAGUUGCUCCAGCUGAGCCGAAGCAAAGUGUUGUGAUCAAGAAAGCCGCGCCUGCGUGAGGCCAGAAGAAAGGGAAAAAGGACAAGGGCUUAGCUUUGCGCGUCCCGUCGUCACUUGCGGUGGUAAUGCUGCUAAAGUUGAAGCCCUCCCUGGGAAAUGCGCGAUGCCCCGCCAUUGAUGGAGCUUGAAGCAGCUUGAGGAGGGACGAGAGGGAGAAAGAUCUUUCCUUUUUUUUGUCCCGUUUUUGGCAAAAAGAGAGAAAGGGCUCGUUUUUGAUCGUCUGGGGAGGGAGGGAGGGAGCGAGAGAGAGAGAGAGAGAGAGAGAUGGGGUGUUGUUACUCGAGAGUAGAGAGGGAGGAGAUGGUGUCCCGCUGCAGGGCGAGGAAGAGGUACAUGAAGCAGUUCGUGAAGGCGAGACAGGGGUUCUCGGUCUCGCACGCCAUGUACCUGCGCGCGCUGCGCAGCACCGGAUCCGCCCUCCUCCAGUUUGCCAACGGCGAGGCCACCCUCCACCUCCACCACCGGCGCCUCCACUCGUCGCCACUGCUGCCCUCCCCGCCGCCGCAGCCGCCGCCCACCCCGCCCCCUCUCAGCCCCGGCCCCGACACCUGGACCUCCACCUCCGUCACCGCCUCCUCGGCCGUGCCGCCCCCGCCCCCUCCGCCGCCCCCGCCGCCCCCGGCUUCCGGGUGGGAUUUCUGGGACCCUUUCGUGCCGUCAUCGUCGAGGUCAGCCACGGAGGAGGAAUGGGAGGUGACCACGACGGCUUCUGAGUUGGCGGCACCGCCUGCGGCCUCCAUGACAGUGGUCAGUGGGUAUUCAAAGGACAGCAAUAGCGAGCUUGCAAUGGUGGUGUCCAGGAAUAGUGGGAAAGAUCUGAUGGGGAUAAUCAAAGAGCUUGAUGAGUACUUUCUGAAUGCUGCUGAUGCUGGUGCUGAUGUGUCAUUGGCGCUGGAAGUUUCAAGCCCUGCUUUUUCUUACCACCAAAGCAGAGAGGUUCUCUCUUUUGUCACUUUGAACUGCGUAUAUAUAUGUUUGAAGUUUGAUCCUUUGGUGUUGGCAGGCAAAGUUCAUAAUUAUAUGUGGAAUCUGAGUCCCUCGUUGUGGACACGGGGAUGCACCAGUCCCAAAUCAAAUGGCUUUGGCAGGAUGAGUGCCCAGAAUUUUGGCAGUGGAAGGUCUGUGUAUGGUAGCCACUGUUCUACUGCAGAAAGGUUAUACGCAUGGGAGAAGAAGCUGUGCAAGGAGGUCAAGGAUGCUGUGACCAUCAAAAUGCAGCAUGACAAGAGGGUGGAGCAAUUGAGGAAGCUAGAGCUGAAGCGGGCGGACUAUAUGAGGACUGAGAAAACCAAAAAGGAGAUUGAGAAGUUGGAAUCGCAGAUGGUGGUCGCUUCGCAAGCCAUCGAGACAACUUCUACUGAAAUCAUCAAAUUAAGAGACACGGAGCUGUAUCCACAGCUGCUGGAGCUAGUUAAAGGAUUGAUGUGCAUGUGGAGAAGCAUGUAUGAGUGCCACCAGGUCCAGACCCACAUAGUCCAGCAGCUUAAAUACCUGAACAUCAUUCCAUCUGCUGAACCCACGUCCGAGAUUCACCGACAGUCAACUCUGCAGCUCGAGCUCAAGGUCCAGCAGUGGCACCUCUCCUUCUGCAGCCUUGUCAAGGCUCAGCGAGAUUACAUUCAGUCACUUACAGGCUGGCUCCGCCUCAGCCUCUUCCAGUUCAACAAGAACACACUAUCUCGAACCUCGGAAGAGUCGAGGAUUUAUUCACUCUGUGAGGAGUGGCAACAAGCCGUCGACCGGAUCCCUGACAAAGUAGCAUCAGAAGGAAUCAAGAGCCUAUUGACCGCAAUCCAUUCCAUUGUGGUUCAACAAGAGGAGGAGCAGAAGCAGAAGAAAAGGUCGGAAUGUGCAUUCAAAGAGCUCGAGAAGAAGACAGUUGAGCUCAGGUCAUUGGAGAGCAAGUACGGUCCAUUUUGUGCAGCCGAGACUCAUGGUUCUGGAAGAAAUAAGGACACUGUCGGAGAAAAGCGUGCCAAGGUCGCAGCUUUCAGAGCCAAAGCAGAGGACGAGAAGUCGAAACAUGACAAAUCGGUGAGCGUAAGUAGAGCAAUGACUCUGAAUAACCUACAGAUGGGUUUUCCGCAUGUCUUCCAGACAAUCGUGGGGUUUUCCAGUGUGUGCAUGCAGGCGUUCGAGUCGUUGUACAAUGUAGCCAAGAACAAUGCACCAGAGCAUGAUUUGAAGAGGCUUCUUCCUUGAUUGCGUAGCCAUGCGGAUCAAUUCAUUGCAGAGAAUGUUCAUACCCGGUUGUAUAUAGGAUAGAGUUUUGUGUCUACUUGGUUGUCCAUGGAGAUAAUUUUAUCAGGUAUUACCGCUUUUUCAGACACAACCUACUAUGGUGAAGUUAGAUCAGAAUGAAAGGAGUUUAAAAACUCGAGAUGGGUAUUGUGAGUUGUUUGUCCUUUACGGGAAUGAUUUUGGAUGAUUUCAGUAUUCAAACCGCAAUGACCACUUUGUGACAGCUGCGCAUGAAAUGGUUUGCUUCUGUGAAUGUAAAUUCCAGUGACAUCCUA